AUGACACUAAAAAAUGAUUACGCGGGGUUCUGCUUCCACAAAAAUAAAAUUAACAAAAUUGACAGAAUCGAUGGAGACAUAAGCGCUGAACAGUUUUAUCUGGAUUACAUCUUAAAAAGAAAACCUUGUCUACUGAACAGUGAAAGCGUAAUCAAAAAUAGGUGGAACAUCGACAUAAAAUAUUUGAGGGAAAAUAUAGAAAAUGUCCCUGUCGAAUUAGAACAAAAGAUUUCAAAUUCGUUCGGGAUAGGCGAGAAAAAAAAAAUGAAAUUUCAUGAUUUCCUGUCAUUAUUAGAGGAAGGAAAUACGGAUUAUUAUUUGAAUACACAGUAUAUAAAAGAAAAUGCGUAUUUCCCCUCUGAAUUUUGUAACGUGUUGACUCGGCAGAUGAUAAAUUUUCUGCCAAAGAGACUGGAAAUAAUGGGCAACUUGGAAAUUUACCAAUACAAUGUGUGGCUGGGAAACAACGCAGAUGAAGAUUUAAAAACGUUUCUGCACCAUGACUACCACGACAACAUAUAUGUACUACUAAAAGGCAGGAAAGUGUUUAGGAUAUAUAGCCCCGAUUUUGCUCCUCAUUUGAAAACCAACGGAAAUAUUUACCGUAUUCAUACCAAUGGCCUAAUUACCUACUCCCCAUUUAUAAGAAGUGACGGAUCGAACUUCUUAGAUGUGUACAAAAAAAAAAUGGAUAAGGUGUACCUCCACCUUAGCUCUAUGACUGACCAUUUAAACAAAAAAGACAAACUGCUGGAAGACAAAAUUAUAGAAAAUUCUAUAAAUAAGGCAGAACAAAAAUUAAAUAAACUAGAAGACAAUGUCCUAAAUUACAAAUUGCGAAAACACAAAUUUAAACCUAAGCCGAAUACGAGAGAUGAUAUUCCAAGCCAUUUUUGCCUUCUUAACACAGUUGCGAGAAAUUAUGAAGAUGACAUUUUCAGCGAUAACACAGACGUAGGAAAAAAGUACAUCGACGUCCAUGUGAACGAGGGUGAUAUAUUGUACUUGCCCUGUGGGUGGUUCCACGAAGUGAAGUCCUUCUCAAGUGAAAAAUUCCACCUAGCGUUUAAUUAUUGGUAUUACCCCCCUUAUAUAAAAAUGGUUAAUUCAACGGAAAUACAAAACCGGUUUUGCCACCCUUACAUAGACAAAUACUUAAGUGAACGGAAUAAAAAUUUGUAUAAAAAGAUUGGCAUUGUUAAUAAAGAAAACUCUUCCGACAUAGCAGAAAUCGUGGAAUACUAUAACAAUUUGAAUAUAAAGCCAAGCAAAAAUGUGAAGAAGGCAAAACGGAAAAACGUCAGAAAAUUCUUACACACAAGAAGGUUAAGGGUGCAUAAGUAG